GAACAUAAGUGUAAGCAUAUAUUUUAUGUCAUUCAUCAGUCCAGUUUUUUUUUACAUGUAUAUUAAUCAAGGUUUAAAUGAGCUCCAUAGUAGAAGAAGUGGAAAUGGGAUCAGAAGAGCUAAACAAGAACCUUUUACAGCAUCAAAACCCUUCAGAGGAGGAUGAAGAGUCCCUAAGGAAAAGGGUAUGGGAAGAAAGCAAGAAGCUGUGGAUAGUAGCAGGUCCUGCCAUAUUCAAUAGGUUUUCAACAUUUGGUAUCAUGGUAGUUGCUCAAUCCUUCAUUGGUCAUAUUGGUUCAACCGAAUUAGCUGCUUAUGCCCUUGUUAUGACUGUCCUAGUCAGGUUUGCAAAUGGUAUUCUGUUGGGUAUGGCAAGUGCAUUAGAAACACUAUGUGGACAAGCAUAUGGAGCAAAACAAUAUGAAAUGCUUGGAGUGUAUCUUCAAAGAUCAUGGAUAGUUAUAUUCUUAACCUCAAUUCUUCUUCUUCCAAUUUACAUUUUUACCAAACCAAUUUUAGUGGCACUUGGCCAAGAUGAAAAUAUUGCACAAGUUGCUGGAAGCAUUUCAAUAUGGUCAAUAGGUAUUGUAUUUGCUUUCUCUGCAUCAUUUACUUGCCAAAUGUUCCUACAAGCACAGAGCAAGAACAAGAUUAUUGCUUACCUUGCAGCAGUUUCAAUUUCAAUACAUGUUUUUAUGUCAUGGCUUUUAACUGUGAGGUUCAAGUUUGGCCUUAAUGGUGCAAUGACAUCAAUCCUUUUGGCUUAUUGGAUACCCAAUUUGGGUCAGCUUGUUUUUAUCAUGACCAAAUGUCCUGAUACAUGGAAGGGUUUUUCAUUUUUGGCCUUCAAAGAUCUUUGGCCUGUUAUCAAGCUUUCUUUGUCUUCUGGAGCUAUGUUAUGUCUUGAAAUAUGGUACAACACAGUUUUGAUUCUUCUAACAGGGAACAUGGAAAAUGCUGAGAUUUCCAUUGAUGCUCUUGCUAUAUGCCUCAACAUCAAUGGGUGGGAAAUGAUGAUAGCCCUUGGUUUCUUUGCUGCAGCUAGUGUUAGGGUGUCAAAUGAACUAGGCAGAGGGAGUUCCAAGGCAGCAAAAUUCUCCAUUGUGAUAACAGUGCUCACAUCAUUUUCCAUUGGAUUUGUGCUGUUCUUGAUCUUUCUAUUCCUAAAAGGAAGACUUGCUUACAUUUUCACCCCUAAUCCAGAUGUGGCAAAUGCAGUUGGAGAUCUAUCACCUUUGUUAUCAUUCUCCAUAUUAAUGAACAGUGUCCAGCCUGUGCUUUCUGGUGUUUCUGUUGGAGCUGGGUGGCAAAGUGUUGUAGCAUAUGUAAACAUAGGCUGCUAUUACCUGAUUGGUAUUCCUAUUGGAGUGGUGCUUGGUAAUAUUCUCCAUUUGCAAGUUAAGGGUGUUUGGAUUGGAAUGUUGUUUGGAACAUUUGUUCAAACCAUAAUGCUUAUCACAAUCACAUUUAAGACUGACUGGGACAAGCAGGUUGAGAUUGCACGAAAUCGUGUUAAUAAAUGGGCUGUAGUGGAGAAUGAUGAAUCAAACAACACAUGAAGGAUAUCUAGCUAAAGGAUAUGAAGAGGAUGUACAACUCAGUGAAGACUGUCUAAUAAGGAGAAAAUAGUAUACUUACAUAAGAUUCUCUCUUCUAGUCAAAAUACCCCUAGAGGCUAGUUAUUCUUAAAAA